AUGGACGGACCUGGGCGAUCAUCUCCGUCGCUACCGAUUUGGGAUUUGGGUAUAGACCAAAAACAUCCGUCGGAUCGCGUCUUGACCUUGUUGGUAGAGCCUUGGGAUGCCUUAUUUCUGUUCCAACGACCGAUCACCCCGUUAUCAUCCAAUCAGACCUUCUUAUGGGGAUACAAACGACCUCAUGGCAGGACUUGGCCAGAAGCAAAUGCCACAAAUAUCCUGAGAAACUUGGAUCUCACAUUCUCAGUCCCUAUCGUACCCGGAUGCGCAAAAGAGGUUCUGCCGCUUGCGGGCGAUGUGGACCUCCAGGCCAAGCACCACCAGGCUGAAGGCUCUCCAUCACAAGGUCCGGACAGGCUGUACUACAUGCUAUGCGACGAAACCAAACCUGUCUGCUUGAAUUGCGCGAGAGGCCACCGUCAAUGUCUAGGUUAUUCGAUCCUAAAAGCCAAAAUCUUCACCUUGGAAAGUCGUGAGAGUUCGUCUGAACGGUCAUUAUCAAGUCUAUCUUCACAGACGACGGCUUGCGAUAAUGAGCCCCCGGUGUCUAGGGUUCUCGAAUGGUCAUUUGGCACCGACGAGGAAGUCCGAUCCCUACAGCACUGGCUUCUCGUGACGUCGCCAGUGUUGGCUCAUUAUGGUCCACAGGGAGAUUUCUAUACUGUCCUUGUCCCACAAGUCGCUCGGCAGUCUCCUGCAGUCAAGCAUAUGCUCGUUUCUCUUUCCCUGACGCACGAAAAGUUUCACACCGGUGUAGCAACUGCCACCCCUGAAAUGACCUCACAGGCUGUUUCCCACUAUAUCUCAGCCCUUGCAGAUAUCAGAAACAACAACCCGCCGAAGCUCAAUGUUGUCAUUGCCUCUCUUGUUGCCUGGGCCAUAGAGCUAGUCCAGAACAAUGUUCCGGCUGCCGUCGUACACUUGCGCGGAACAUUGCAACUUCUUCGGGAGUACCGGCAGUUGAAACCUCCUCGGUCAGCAGAAGACGUUCUGCGAAAAUUAAUUCUACCAAUGGCAAGCCUCGCCAGAGGGUUAACUACGCUGAUGAUCUAUACUGGACCUAAAUCAGGGGAGAUCGAGCCGCAAUAUCGCGGCCAUAUAUUCCAACCUUGGGGAGGCGCAGAAUUUUCGUCCUUUGCCGAAGCGAGGAGACCCGUCUGUCAAUAUAUCGAGAAAAUUGCCGAGGCUGAGCAUGGUCACAAUUCACGAAAGAUUGAGAAACUGUUGGGCUGUUGGUUCGAAGGCGUUCGGCGAUGGGACCAAGGAAAAGUUCCAUUUCCCAGUUCCGUCCUGACAGCGCUCCUCUUGCUAUUCAAUCUCGCAUUGGCUCUUCUCCCAAGCAUUGAUUUGUCAGGAUUCAGCUAUUCGGUCAAUCCCAGUACCAUUGACUUUGUGGUUGACAGAGCCGCCGCGCUUACGGACAUCUGUCUUGAGGCCAAGCGGGGCAAUAAAGAUCUGAAGGACACGUUGAUUAUUGUGCUUGCAUUCGUCGUCCGUCUCUUCCCACACCCGAAGAGCCAUGGUCGGGCAUCGGUGUUACUAAACCAACUCCGUGGACAAGUAUGA